AGGUACGGCAUCGCUGGGCGAAUACGAGCAAAAUUCUUGAUGUUCAGUUUUUGAAUGAUUUAUUGUCACAUCAUACGCCUGCUAGUAAGUCCAAAAAAGCACCCACUAAUUUCGGUUGUUGUCCACGCAUUCCGUGUGACAGAGUAGUCGCGUGGAAUGCGUCUAAAUAGUGGUUGAAAUCCAACACGGAACAUGCGGCGUCCUCCCGUGUGAGUGAAUAAAGGAAAUGCUUUUAUGUUCCAGCGGUUCGCCAAGCGAUUCUGCUCCCCAAAAUUAAGCGAUGCUGGUCACCGUUUUCUGCGCGCCGAGGGAUCGCCCAGAAACCACGUUCGCCCUCGAUGUGUCCCCGGAGCUGGAGCUGAGAGACUUUGUGGCACUUUGUGAACUCGAAUCGGGAAUCCCGGCGGGAGAAAUUCAGAUCUCCUAUGUAGAGCAGCUCCUAAAAGACCCCACUCGUGCCUUGGGGACUUACGGCGUCAAGGAUGGCGACGUGGUGGUCCUCAGGCAAGCUGACAGAAGGCCAGCGCCCACUCAGCCAGGCUUUCCAGGUCUGCCCCAUAUCGACUUUCGCUCCAUCACAGUCCCCGGCGCCUCGACUUCGACUGCUCCCCGUAGCACCGGCAGGCCGCCGCAACAACAGGCCGUAGCAUCGCCGCCGCUGCAGCAUCAGCCGCCACCAUCCCAGCAGCAGCAGCAGCCCCAGUCCCAGUCCCAGCCCCAGCCCCAGCCCCAGCCCCAGCCCCAGUCCCAGCCCCAGUCCCAGUCCCAGCCCCAGCGCGGCACGCAACCCUCGACGCCGCCGGCCUUUCGGGGCUCCUCUUCUCAAGGGCUUGAUGACCCCGCCUUACUGCAACAGAUGCUACUUUCCAACCCACACGAGCUUUCCCUGUUAAAAGAGCGAAACCCGCCGCUUGCCGAGGCCUUGCUGAGCGGAGAUCUAGAGCGUUUCACCAAAGUGCUGCUGGAGCAACAGCAAGACCGAGCCAAGCGGGAACAAGAGCGAAUCCGACUGCUGACUGCAGAUCCUUUUGAUUUGGAAGCUCAGGCAAAGAUCGAGGAGGAUAUCAGGCAGCACAACGUAGAAGAAAAUAUGACCAUUGCAAUGGAGGAGGCCCCAGAAAGCUUCGGGCAGGUGGUCAUGCUCUACAUUAACUGCAAAGUCAAUGGGCACCCUGUCAAAGCGUUUGUCGACUCAGGUGCCCAAAUGACCAUCAUGAGCCAAGCCUGUGCGGAGCGGUGCAACAUCAUGCGACUAGUAGAUCGGCGGUGGGCGGGCAUCGCCAAGGGAGUGGGCACGCAGAAGAUCAUCGGCAGGGUUCAUUUGGCUCAGGUCCAGAUUGAAGGGGACUUUCUUCCCUGCUCUUUCUCCAUCUUGGAGGACCAGCCGAUGGACAUGCUGCUCGGCCUGGACAUGCUCAAGAGACACCAAUGUUCAAUCGACCUGAAGAAAAGCGUGCUUCUCAUCGGGACGACGGGCACCGAGACUCGCUUCCUGUCCGAGGCUGAGCUGCCCGAUUGCGCCCGGCUGGCGUAUGGGCCCGAGGGGCGCGAGGAAAGCCGCCCCGAAGAGAUAGCGGACAGGGAGCUCGCAGAGGCGCUUCAGCGAUCAAUACAUGAAAGCGGACAACAAUGAUGCAAAUGGAGACACCUGGAGAGGGGCCAAACAAUCAGACGGACAGACUACCUCACCACAGCCGCCGCCAUUGUCACUUCCCACAGCCUCAGACCAAAUGUCCUCAAGCGCCCACCCGCAGAACCUCGACUCGGAUCGCUCAGAGUCCACCCAGGACCCACUUGGCUUCCAGGAACUACAUCUGCCUUUUGCGCAGGAUCAGCUCAAGCCUCCAGUCGAUGAUAAUUUAUCCCUAGAAGAAGCCCGGGCACCUGCUCGGUCAUCUGAAGCCUUCCAGUGUCCAGAAGGCUGCGAGGAGGGGACUACGGAACCAUCCAUGGUAGAGAACAGUCCCAUACUCCGCUAUGCAGAACUAGCAGAUGCUCAGCCCAUGGACGAUGAGGCGACGUGGUCCCAAACCACUAAUCCCGGCCAGUCGGACUCUGUGGAAAUGAACUCCUCUUUCGGGGACGGGACUGAGGGCUCUGACAGCAUCCCGUCUCUGGCCGCCGCUCUCUUGGAGCUCCACGAACUGCUGCUUUCCAACAACUGCGGUGGCCCCCGCCCCCUUACGGAUCCCCAGGAGGGAGAUGUGACCCGUGCCAGUGCAGACGCCACACCAACUGCUGACGACAGUCCCUCACAAAGAGAAGGAGCAGACUCUUCAGUCGAAGCCGGAGACCCCAACAUUUAUCAUCCCGAGUUGGCGAGUUCUCCGGAACCUAAAGCCAGAGACUCCGGGGAUACUUCUCUCGAGCCUCCGGCUGAAGACAGAAACCCCGGCAUUUAUCGUCCCAAAUUGGCGAGUCCUCCGCACCAUUCAUCUGAGGCCAGAGACCCCAACGUUUAUAAUCCAGAGCUGGCGAGUUCUCCGGAUUCUGAAGGGGACUUCAGAGAACCCACCGAGGAGAAGCGGGGGAGCGAAAAUGCGCAUCAACCGGCCCCAGACUCAAACGCCCCAGGCAGUCUCGUCACCGGCACCUCCGCCGCCGCCGCCCCUCCUCCUGCCCCCGUUACAGAACAAUUUCCGGCCGAACACAUCCAGAGAAUCCAGGCUGCGGGUUUUUCUGCCCGCGAUGCUGCAGAGGCUCUGGAGCAGGCGCACGGAGUCGUGGAGCUGGCUCUGCUGGCGCUCCUGGCCCGCAGCAUCACCGUGCCCACCUAAAACCCUGAGCCUGCCCCCACCACUCUCUCUACUCCCUUUUACGCUUUAGGUUUUUUGAUCCAGAUGUCUCGUGCCCCUCUUUGCACGGAGCGUGUCCCAAGUCACGCAGUACUGAAUAAUAAUAUCCUUUUUCUUGACAUAGCGGAUAUUAUAGAUAUAUAGAGAAUUUGCGCAAGCAUCCAUCUCAAUGGUUUUAACAUUUUUUCUACUAUAGCUUUAUUUUAUUUUAUUUUUUGCAUUCAACGUUGACAUGUAUUGUUGAAGCAUUCAAGAUAUCAUUUGUCAUCCUUAAGUGGGGUACACACAUACUGAUUUUUUUUUUUUUUUUUUAAUGUGGGAGACCCUACACACCGAGGGUGGGAAAAAUGUGCUUAUAUAUUGUGUGCUGCACUCCAGAUACACAACACACGAUACCGUACGCCAACAGCUCCACCAAUGAUGGAGAGUCUUUUCCACCAAAGCAGGUAUCUUAGCUGUGAGAGGCGGCACGGCGCCGCGGGACAUCCAAACUCGUGAAAAAUACAAAGACGAAAGAGCAGCGGUCGAAGAAAUUUAAAAAAAAAAAAAACAGCUUCCUGAUUGAAAUCACCGAAUCUGCCAAUCGGCUCAAGUCAGAGUUGAAGACCUACAUAAGCAUUUGUGAUCGUAAAUAUUGAACAGCUUUAACAUUUAUGAUUGUCCGUUAUUGAGUUUUCCCGAGUAGACGGGGAUCGCUUAACCCGUCCCACAGCGCGAGAUCAUUUUUCAGACAUUUUAGCCUGUACUGACUGAUCUGAAGGGAGAGAGAAUGCUCAAGUUUUGCCUGGUUAUCGGUAGAUUUGUGCCCCUUUUUCUGAUCGCUAUUCAGACACCACACACAAAUGAGGUUGAUCUUUCACAGAUUAUACAAUAAUCUGGCCUUUACUGACUUUGUUUGCAAGGGAGCUAAAAUUGAUCUUAUUUAGCCCGAUUAUUGGUAAAUGUACACCGCGAUUCAUCCCUGAAAUGGAGGAAAAAUCACUUUCAACUCACUACAAUAUCUUUGACAGACAUAAUCAGUCUAAUUUUGAUCAGAAAAGAUGAACUUCCCCAUUCCUGUUUCCAUCGAUCCAUCAUUAUCCCAAACCGCUUAUCCUCAUGUGGGGCGUGCGAAGUCGAUACCAGCUACCUUUGAGCGAGAGACAAACUACACCCAGAACUGUUCGCUAGACAAAAGUUUUUUUUUUUUUUUUUU